AUGUUGAACUCAUAUCCAUUGCCUGCCCAUGGCAGGGGACCUGUGGACGUCUGCAGGUAUCGUCCUCAACCUGUCUUGAAGCGGCACAAGCUGGAAUCACAACCUAUGGCAAUGAACACAUGGGAGUUGGCCGCAUUACAUGCAGCGGAGGAAGAACACAGAGCUUCACAACACGGCGCUUCCCAUCACCAACGACAAGACUCGUUGAUCUACCCGGGCCUCUAUUCCCAUAGUGGUAUCAACAUGCUCGAUAUUCUUUUUCGAAUUGCGGCUAGGCCUAAUCCUCAGAUAGACCUUGGCCCCAUUGACUCUUCCUGCGCCAUGAUACUUUGUGAUCUUGCGCUCCCUGACACGCCCAUUGUCUAUGCAACAAAUCCGUUCCUCGAGUUGACAGGCUACUCAUACGAGGAGGUCAUUGGGCGCAACUGCCGUUUUCUCCAAGCACCUCCUGGCCACGGAACCGUCCGUCAGGGAUCGACGCGCCAGCAUGUAUCCAAGAACUUGGUUCAAGAUAUGCGCAAGUCUGUCGAUGGCAACAGCGAGAUUCAACUGGAAGUACCCAACUUCCGCAAGGACGGCACGCACUUCACCAACAUUCUCACCAUGAUCCCCAUUCGAUGGGAUGGCGCCGAUUAUCGAUACUCUGUCGGCUUCCAAUGCGAAAAGGAGUGCUGA